CUUUCUCUCCUCUUAUUCAUUCAUUUCCUUCACCUUCCAAUUCCCAUUGCGAUCAAAAAUAUCACACACAAACAUACAUAUAAGAUGAACAACAAUUUCAGAGUUACCAGAACGCCAGAAGAAACUCCAACCACUUCUUCCACCUUCCUCAACUCUCAUAACAACCCGAUUCAGGGCAUUAGAGAGAUAGAUUCCACAAUGGCUGCAGAGUGGACAGAUGAGAAACACAGCAUGUAUAUAAAGUCUAUAGAAGCAUCUUUUGUUAAUCAGUUAUAUGAUUCUAAGCAAAUGAGAGCUUCCUUUCCCUGCAAAGUAACUUCCUGUGUCCCCGCUACCACUUCUGGCCAGUUCAAGGUACUUCGUGGCGGGUGUUGGCAAAAGAUCAAUUUUGAGAGAGUGAAUCCGCAAACGAGUAGGAUUAACCAGUGUCAUGAUUUGACGGAAAAUCCAUGGAUUCAGCACUAUCGAUCUUCAAGCAAACAGAGAAGCACAGUUGCUCCAUCCCUUCAAGAGAGUGUCAGUACCUCAAGCAAAGUUGUUGAUUUAGGACAAAGGAAAGGAAUUCCCUCUGGGUCAGGACAUCUUCAUUUGUGUGAAUCUCGUGUCUGCCAUAAAGAUAUGCUUUCUAGUGACACAGAGAUGUCAGGCCAGAACUUUGUUGAUGAUGAAGUGAAAGGCAAAAAGCAGAAUAAAAAAAGCAAAGUGAAACGACAGAGAUCUUUAACUGAUGCAAAAGACAAUGAUCAGAUGGUACCUAACCGAAAAUCUUCUUCUGGUGGAGAUUUUACCAAAGAUUUUGUUUUUGCUUGAUUAAAAUAGAGUGAAACUCAGUUUUGUUUCUGCAAGAUUUAGAGUUGGUCACGUUAGUCUCAACUAUGAAAAAUAUAAUACUAUUUUAAUCCCUAAAUUAAAAAAUGUCGAUCAAUCCUAAUUGAUGAUUACAAGAGCUGUAUUAUCAUUGAUUGACUUCCAUUUUUCAAACAUUAACAUGUUAUCAACACACUUUUUGAUAAAUACUUUUGAUUUAUUGUUAUUUAAAAUUCAUAAAAAGACUACAAAAAUUUUGUUGGUCUCUUGUUCAACAGAGUCUUGUUCAUAAUUUUGUAGUUUUCAAGGAAUUUUAAUUAACAGUAGACCAGUGUGUUAAAAAAAAUGUGUUCUUAUCAUUUUUUUUUCAAUGUGAUUUUGGUUUUUUAGAACUAAUGUGACUGGUCUCAAAAUUUUCAGGGACAAAAUAAUAGUUUAGUCACUUAAAAUUCGAGGAGUUAUCACAAAUGUGAUUUGCUGUAACUUUUGUGGAUGACAUUAUCUUACUUAGCAUUGGAGUUACCAGGGAAUUAUUACUACUAUGAUGAAUUCCUGAGUCAAAAAGAUUCUCUGCGGAAAUUGCACAUGCUAAUAUUGUACCCAGAAAUUUAAUAUAAAAUUAAUACUUGUUUAUGAACA